AUGGCUGUCAGCAAAACCUCCUCCAAACUUCUUUACCUCACCGCAUUGGCUGGUGCCACCGGUGCUUUGUACUACUUCUCAAAGAGCAGAGUCCCAGUGCCAGCUCCAAAGGCCUUCACCGACUCUAGCGCCUGGAUUGACUUGAAGCUCAAGUCUUUCAAGGACCUUUCUCACGACAGUAGAGAAUUCGUCUUCGAAUUGCCAUCCGCCAACCACGUUUCUGGUUUGGAAACCGCCUCUUUGGUUCUCGGUAAAUACAUGACCGCCAAGGGUAACCCAGUCAUCAGACCUUACACUCCAAUCUCUGACAAUGACCAAAAGGGAGAAAUCACUUUUGUGAUCAAGAAGUACCCAAACUCUAAGUUUGGUACCCACGUCUUCGGUUUGAAGCCAAACGACUCUGUUUCUUUCAAGGGCCCAAUUCAAAAAUGGAAGUGGGUUCCAAACUCCUUUGAUUCUGUUACCUUGAUUGGUGGUGGUUCUGGUAUUACCCCAUUGUACCAAAUCUUGAGCACCGUUGCUAAAAACCCAGAAGACAACACCAAGGUCCACUUGAUCUACGGUUCCCAAACCCCUGCUGAUAUUUUGUUGAAAUCAGAAAUUGAUGCUUUGGCUAAGAAGUACCCUGAACAAGUCAAGGUCGAUUACUUUGUUGACAAGGCCGAAGGUGAAUUCGAAGGUCAUGUUGGUUUUGUUAGCAAGGAAUUCUUGGAAAAAUCUAUUCCAAAGUCCACCGAAAAGACCCAAGCCUUUGUCUGUGGUCCAGCUGGUUUGUACAAGGCCGUUUCUGGUACCAAGGCUUCCAAGACUGACCAAGGUGAAGUUACUGGUGCCUUGGCUGAAUUGGGUUACACCAAGGAAAACGUCUUCAAAUUUUAA